AUGGACAACUCCUGCCUCCUCGACCUCCUCAUCAGGUGCUUCGCGAUGACCGAGCCCGAGGACCUCAACUUCACCGCGUUCACCGACCUCUGUCGCCUGUGCUCGCUAAAGAGCGGGCCUCGCCUUCACAUAUUCGACAAGGAGUCGGAGCAGCGGCAGAUUCUAUUCAAACUACGGACCUGCCUGCCCACUAUGCAGAUAUCGAAAGACGAUUUCCUGCCGAAGAAGAUCUGCGAGCGGUGUGUGACGAGGCUGGAACAACUCUACGAAUGGCGCCAGAGCUGCCUCAACACAGACUCGGUGCUGCGGAACUACGCUGAAUCUAUGAGGAUUGUCACUUCUACUAUUAACUUUCAGGAUGGUACGGUCAACAUGGAUAAGAUGACAGAAGCACAGAAAACGGCAUAUUUAGAAGCACACGUAGCGGUACAACAACAUAUGGCUCAAGCUGCAGCUGCUGCUAGACGUGAACAACAACAGCAGCAGCAACAACAACAGCAGCAACAACAGCAGCAACAACAACAACAGCAACAACAGCAGCAACAGCAGCAGCAACAACAACAACAGCAGCAGCAGCAGCAGCAACAACAACAACAGCAACAGCAACAACAGCAGCAGCAACAACAGCAACAACACCAGCAACACCAACAACAACAACAGCAAUCUAAUACUUCUACUAAUAACUCUAGACAUCAUCAAGAAAUGCAAGUAAGUGGACAAAGCAACACUCAUCCUGGUCAUCCAUCGCCGCCAACGGUUAGUUCGACUCAACAUCACUAUGCAACCAUUAACUCUCCUAUAAAGGUUCCUCAAGUAAGCUCUAGUACUGGUGGACCAGAUUCCACUUUCACAGUUCCGGAUGAUGUAGGAAUGGGAUUUGAAGGAGGGGUGCGAGUCCUACAAAGCCUUGGAAAUUGGUCACCUGAAGUAACAAAUAAUAUUCCAAGACCAAAUUUGAUACCUUUCACGGAACCGUAUGCUGAGGGUGGUUCAAUGCAUCCCGGAACUCGUCUAAAAGCACUACAGGGUACAGCUGUUAGAAAACAUCCAGCUAUUAAGCCUACUAGUUCUACUAAUGAUGGAAAUAAAGCAUUUGAGUGCACUGUUUGCGGAAAAGGUUUAGCGCGUAAAGACAAAUUAACUAUACAUAUGAGGAUACAUACCGGUGAAAAACCAUACGUUUGUGAAGUUUGCAAUAAAGCUUUUGCCAGAAGAGAUAAACUAGUUCUGCAUAUGAAUAAGUUAAAACACAUAACACCUUCAAAUAUAGCGCCUUUGGGUAAACGGACUAUAACUAUACCUCGUACGAAUUACUAAAUUGAGAUUGUCGAUCUUACAGCUCUUAAAUUGGAUGACGUAAAACCUAAACAAGAAGAUACAAAGCCUAGUCAAGCAGAAAUCGCAGCUGUAGCUCAACAACAACAGCAACAACAACAACAGCAGCAGCAGCAACAGCAACAACAUUCCCAUCAGCAGCCGAUUCAGGUCUGCCAGGUACCUGGACACAACUUUACGAAUUCAAAUCUAGUUCACACGAGUGCUGCGACAGCUGCAGUAGCGGCCGCGACCGCUGGCAUGGUUGUGUCGUGGUCGUGCGAGCUGUGCGGACGACUGUUCGCAACGAGAGAUGAAUGGAGUGCACAUGCCAAGUCUCAUUUACCCGACAAUAAACUGCUCCAAGAUAAAAUGCAACAGGCUUCACAACACCAGCAACAAGAAAAGGUUCAUCUAACAAAUCAAGAAAAACUUCAAUUACUACACCAUCACAACCAGAAUCAGCAAAUUUUGAAUGGGCACGGAAUAGCAACGGCAUCUGUGUCUGCAGCCACCGUUGUGAACGAAGGAGGAGGGGCGUACUUUACACACGGACACACACACUACGCACCGGAGAGGCAGCACUCACAGGCACAUCACCUCUGUCUCAUGUGCCGUCAGGAGUUCGCUGGUAAAGCGGAGUUCAUGUUCCACGUUAGAGGGCAUUUUGAAGGUAAAGUGAGUGAUAUAGCAGCCGCGGACGUGUUAGCACGUUCACUCGUCGACAACUCUGGCCUGUGUACCUGA